GACAUUCAAAGAGAAUAAGCACAUUUGAAGAAUCAGGUAUAUUAACAUUGAUUCAACCAGCAGUUUCCCUCUUCUGUUCCAACACACAUUACUGACCAUGUGGACUUUGUUAAUUGUAAUGGUUGCUACUGGAUUGCCAGCUAUAUAUCGUACAGCACCAGUUCAGGGGCACAGUGGCAGAUGCAGCUUUGCUGGUGUGCUCCACAUCGAGGAGACCAGCAAUUAUUCUUUGACUUUCCAGAACGCUUUGGAAUUGUGCCAGAGUUUAAGCUACAGACUGGCAACACAGGAGCAGGUCAUUGAAGCUUAUAAAUACGGUUUGAGAACAUGCAGAUAUGGUUGGAUUAAUGGUCAACAUGUGGCAUUUCUACCACACAUUAGUAGUCCAAACUGUGACACUAGUUCCACUGAGCUGACGUUCCAUUCUGAAGAGGCAGAAUAUCUUUCUGAUGUGUACUGUUUUAACCCAUUAGAUCCGUUUGACGUCAAUUGUGAAGAUGCUGUCAAGUCUGCACCUCAAACAUCUUCCAGAGAAAACAGAACCGUUGGAAAACAAAAUGAAGACAUUCUAGAGGAAGCCCUUGUUGAAGGCUUCUUAGUAGACGUGGGAAAGAUUGAUUUGACAGUCGCACAAGAUGCCGAAGGUCCUACAAACAAGUUGCGCUUUGUGAGAAGCGCUGUUAAUCCCACUGUCUUGCUUCCUGAAGAAGAGGGCAGCGGAUCAGGUGUAAAUCCUGAAUUUCCUGGUUUUAAUCAAUUUACAACAAGGUCAAGCACCGUAGAGCCAACUGAGAAGGAAACUUCUGAAAUUGUUCACGAGGAGGUUAUAGUACAAGGAAAGGGUUCAAGACAGGAGAACAGUCAAACAGAUAAGAUUGGACUAGAGAAUGCUGAUAAAAUGUGGAAUUCUGACUCUACAUCCACUCAGCAUAGUAAAGGAUCACCUUCUUGGCUUGUAAUCUUAGCAACCAGUGUGGUUUUUGGAGCAAUACUUUGCAUUUUUGCUGCUAUUGCCACUAAGGACAAGUGGUAUGGGCCAAGAAAGAGCAAAAACAAAAUGUCUGAAGAUUACAGUAAAGCAGGAACUUUGCCACUGUCAGAGAAGGAGCAGGAGAUAGUGAAACUGGGCGUUACAAAUGUGCAGAAUGGUAAAACGGAGGACUUUAAUGUGCACACUCGGGACGAGCAUGAGAGAGAGUAUUUAAUGUAACCGGCGAGGUCAUUGGACAGAAAAUUGUGAAUGUCGGAUGCCUGAGAUUUGGCCGAAGCAUUACAAUUUGAUCUAAACCAAAGACUGUUUAAAAACGUGACACUGUGUACUAUGCAGUAGUUUCUGAAUGCACUGAUUUUUUUUUUGGCUCCCAGAGGUAUGUUUUUGUGCAAUUUAAUUUUCGUUACCCCAGUAUUUUUAUCCUUUUAACAUUUAUUGUUUUUUAACUGCAAGGUUCAACUGUUCUUUUUAAAAAUUGAUUGGUGGUUUGAAUAAUAUGGUGAGAAAACAUUUUAAUAAGAUUUGUCAGCAUUCGUUUGUAAGUACUGUGUACUGUGUGGGAUGUGAUAUAUAUUUUUUUAAUGUUUAACGAAAAUGCCAUGUCUUCAAGAAACAUCUGGUUUGUAUCACCUUGUUAAAAUAUUUUAAACUUUUGCAUUUGUAAAAUACAGUUAUUAGAAUAAAAUGUUUUAAUUGUC